AUGCUGUCCAGACUGCAGUUGCUGCUGGGGGCCACCAGCGGCACCACCCUGGCCUUGACGGGCAUUCUGGGCCUGGCAGCCGUGGUGUAUGCGCUUUACCAGCUACGGGGCGGCCCAGGCCGCAAGCCGGAUGAGCAGGGUGCCCAGCAGCAGCAGCAGCCAUACGACCCCACCAAGCCCUCCACCUCCUCGGCAGCUGGGGCGGCGGCCGCCGCCGCCGCCUCCGCCACGCCCUCGGCGGCCGUGGCGCGGCGGCUGGCGGGCGUGCAGCGGGCGACCAUGUCUGUGCCAGGGGUGCUGCUGGAGGAGAGCAGCCCCGGAGAGCUGGAGGAGAGCGCAUGCGUGCGCGCAGACGCCGUGGCGCUGGCCAGGGAAGUGGCGCGCUGCUGCUCCGCGGGCCUCUACCUCAUGUGCCAGGUGGCCGACGAUGUGGGCGAGGCGGUGGUGCGCGGCGCGCUGGAGCACGCCGGCCUGCUGGGCACCGCGCCCGGGCAGGUGCCGCCGCACAGGCUGCUGUUCUGCAGCACGCUGGAGGGCAAGGCCUCGUUUGUGCGGCAGCUGGAGCCGGAACUGCAUGUGGACGCACACCCGCGCACCGUCUCCGACCUGCAGCGCUUUGUGAAGCAGCUGGUGCUGGUGGCGCCGCCGGGGCAGCAGGCGGCGCUGCCCGCCGGCGGCAGCGGCGGCGGCGGCGCGGCGGCGGCCAACGUGCAGCACGCGCCCUCGCUGGCGGCGGCCCUCGGCGUCCUCCCGGCCUGA